AUGUCUGUCGCGUCGCCAUUCCGACAAUUGCCUUCACGGUCGCUGGGCUCCUGGACUUGCUUAGCAUGCUCUCGCUCGAUCACUAGGAUACCGCGCGCUCGCAACCCGGCCUUUACCGCACAGAGAUGGUUGAACACUACAAAACCUGCGCGGCAGCAUGGCACUGUGCCAAGAAUGGACCAGAUGCAUGCACAGUAUAAGAUAAAGAAUCGGACAGUCAUGAACUAUGUCUUCAGUGUAAUAAUAGGCUUUACAGCACUAAGCUAUGGCUCAGUGCCGUUCUACAAGAUGAUCUGCCAGGAGACUGGCUGGGGAGGCCAGCCCAUAAAGUCAGCAGCCCACGGCGGCGAUACGUCCGUCGAUCCCUCCGAACGUCUUAAGCCUGUAGAAUCCCACCCACGUAUCCGAAUAACGUUCAACGGCUCCGUAUCUGACGUCCUGCCUUGGAAAUUCGUUCCCCAACAACGCGAAGUCCGUGUACUCCCAGGCGAAACUGCCCUCGCCUUCUAUACUGCAACCAACAAAUCAGCGGAAGACAUCAUUGGCGUAGCCACCUAUUCUGUUACGCCUGGACAGGUCGCCCCGUACUUUAGCAAGAUUCAGUGUUUUUGCUUUGAGGAGCAGAGACUGAAUGCAGGAGAAACAGUGGAUAUGCCAGUCUUCUUCUACAUCGACCCGGAGUUUACAAAGGACAUCAAUAUGAAGGGUAUCGAGACGGUCACAUUGAGUUAUACGUUCUUCAAGGCGAAGUACGAUAAGGAUGGGCAUUUAACACCUGUGCCAAUGUGA